AUGCCUGUCAAACGGACUGGAGGCGACCCAUCCGGUGCACCCAAGCGGACACGCUUCGCUGAGCCGAAAUCCGAGGCUGGGCCAUCGAGGCGUGCGCGCUCGCCCGGCUCGGCGUCCAAUGACGGAGUAGAUGACCAGUUCCUCGAGGCUGACAUCACCGAGACAAGUCGUAACGCAAAGAAGCGGGAGCGCGCAGCCCUGCGCGACCAGAGCGGCUAUGGGUCCGACUCGUCCAACGACGAGGAGAGCGUGGUGCCCAGUCGGCGGCCAAAGGAGGAAGCCGACGACGACGACGACGUCGACAUGUUCGGGGACGAUGACGACGAAGGCAAGGGGAAGGACAAGGAGAAAGAGAAGAACAAGGAGUUCAUGGAUUUGCGCGACGUCGAGGGCCAGGAGGACUUGGACAAUGGGGAGGGGAAGCGGUUCAAGCGAGCCGACAACGAGGACUCGGACUCGGAGGCGGAGGAGCCGGGGACCGGCUUAGAUGGGUCGAUGGGCGUCGAGAUCACACCCUUCAACAUGAAGAAGGAAUUCGAGGAGGGACGCUUCACCGAGGGCGGUGAGACGUACGUCGAGAACGAAAAGGAUCCGCACGAGCAACACGACCACUGGUUAGACGGGGCGGACAAGGACGCGAUCAAGAAGGCGCGCCGAGCGCACCGCGAGCGCGAGAGGGUCGAGAGGGAGCGCGAGGCUCGCGAAACUGAGCUCGCUGUUGGCGAGGGCAGCGAGGAGCGCGAGCACCAGCUCAUGCGCAACGCCGUACAGCUCAUGGAACGUGGCGAGACAGUGCUUGAGGCACUGCAGCGCUUAGGCGGCGAGGCCGAGACCAAGCGCCGCAAGGAGGAGGUCGGGAAGAGGAAGAAGUCGUGGGCUGAGCGCCAGCGCGAGCGCAAGGCUGCAAUGGCCAUCGACACUGCCGACCCCGAGCACGGCUCGCCAUUCGGACGACUCACUGCCAUCGUGUCCAGCCUCCAGGCCAUUGGGCAGUUGGACGUGUAUUCGCUCUCGCGCGAGGCGGUCCAGCGCAUGCUCCCUCGUGAGGAGACAGCAUCGGCGGCGGCGCCAGCAAGACCACCAUCAGUCAACCGCGCAUUCCAGUACCGCUUCUCGCUCGCCUACCUUCGCACGCUCCCCGAGGACCAGCGGCCUGUCGAGCGCGAGGUGUUCGGCCCAUUCAGCCUGCUUCAGCUGCGCGGGUGGAAGGCCACGGGCUUCUUCGGGCCCAACUGCGAGAACAUCGAGGUGCACGUUGUCAACCCUGUUGAGGAGCAGCCGUGGGGCACGUGGGAUGCAGUCGUGGAGAAGAAGUAG